CCCAGGCAUGUCAUCUCCCUGGUGCCACCCUCACCCCCAUCCUGCCACCCCCAGCUCUUUGCCUGCCUGGGUCCUUCCCCAGUACUGCCAGCCUCAUCCCUUUGCCAUCCUGGCUGGUUGCGGGUGUGGGGCUAUCCCCUCUCUUUCAUAGUGCUUCCCCUCUGGAGGUUUCAGCCUGUGUCUGCCCUGGAGCCAGUCCAUGAAGGGGGAUGGUCCCAAGACCACCUUUGUGGCCACCAUUGCCUGUCCUGGUGAAAACAGUGCCUUUCUGCAUCUGGAGGCUGUGACACCCAUGGGACAGGGCACCCAAGGGUGGCCCUGGGAACUGCCCAUGAGGGUGACAGUGAUGUGUCCCCAUUUGUCAUUCCUGCAGGUCUUGUGCUGGGGGCUGUGCCCAGUGCAUUAACUGUUCCUGCACAGGGCAGCACUGGCCUCAUCUUACAAAGGAGGAGAGCAAAGCCCAGGGGGGCUGAACAAUGUCCUCACUGCCAGGAAUAGCUGCCGGCUCUGCCCGCCGGCCCCACGUGAGGCUGCUCCUGCUGCCAGGCUGCCCUUGUGUGGCAAGGGAGGCUGGGCAAGUACCAGGACCCUGGCAGGGCUGCUCGGAACGUUCCACACCUGAGGUCAUCCUCCAAAGCAGCACAGCGAAGGGGCUGUGGCUCCUGGCACAUGUGCUGUCUGCUGGCUGGGAUAUUUGAGGGGGCCCCUUUGCCUCCCUCUGGGGUGGGCAGCAACCCCCUGCCCAGAUAACAGGAAGCCCCAGGUGAUGCUGGUGGGUGCUGCAGCAUCAGGUUGUGUGGUGAUGUGAGCCGUGGGGAGCAUCCUGGCUGCACAGACACAGGACCCAUGGGGCAACCCCAGACUGCGUCACUGCUCCACUGAGUAACUCUGGACUGGCUGCUGUGGGCUGUGUGCACCCCAGCUCCCUGCACCCACCACGCGGGUCCCUAGCAGUGGGAUGGGGGUUCUCUUUUAAGAGGGUUCAGGUCUGGGGAGGUGAGCCAGGGCCACCAGAAAGCAGGAGGGUGAGCUCAUGGCAAAGCUGCCCCAGUCAUGUGGAGCAGCCACAGCUGUUGGUGAUCUUGGGCCAUGGGACGGAGGGGCCGGAGGCAUAAAGUGUCGUGGCCAGCGGAGCUGCUGGGAGUGGGGCUGGGGGCUCUCUGCCUGUGGGGGUGAGGAGCAGAGGCUGCAUCCCACACACGGCUGUGCACUGCAGGCAGACAUGGAGCUGGACGUGCAACGAGCCAAGGAGCUCAUCGAGCAGAAGCUAGCAGAGGAGGAGGAAGAGGAGAAGGAGAAGCAGCAACACAAGUGCGAUGGCGCACGGGAGCCACCAGCCGUGGAGCGGAUGAACACACCUGAGCUGGAGGAGGAGAAACGCCAUGGCCCCAGGAACCGGGGCCUCGAGGCCAUCAAGGGCCAGGAGCGGGUGCGGAAGAGCUCGGUGGACCUGCGGCGGGAGAUCAUUGAUGUGGGGAGCAUCCAGCGCCUCAUUGAGCUCCGCAAGCAGCGCCGGCAGCGCCGGGAGGAGCGGGCGGCCACCCCCGAGCCCCCCCCGCCGCCGGAGUCCUUGGAGAUCGAGGGUCCCGUGGAGCCAGAGACCUUCCUCCGAGCCGCCGUCCAGGGCAAGAUGCACAUCAUCGAGAAGUUCCUGGCAGACGGUGGCUCCCCCAACACGUGUGACGAGUUCCACCGCACAGCCCUGCACCGCUCCUCGCUGGAAGGACACACGGACAUCCUGCAGAAGCUGCUGGACAGCGGGGCCGCUGUCGACUUCAGGGACCGGCUGGACUGCACAGCUGUGCACUGGGCCUGCCGGGGUGGGCACCUGGACGCUGUGAAGCUGCUGCAGGACCGCGGGGCAGACCUCAAUGUGAAGGACAAGCUGCUCAGCACCCCCCUCCACGUGGCCACCAGGACCGGGCACCCUGAUAUUGUGGAGCACCUCAUCCACUGUGGGGUGGACAUCAAUUCCCCCGACAGGGAAGGCGACACGGCACUGCACGAUGCCACACGGCUCAGCCGCUACAAGAUCAUCAAAAUGCUGCUCCUGCAUGGGGCUGACAUGAUGGCCAAGAACCAGGCUGGAAAGACCCCAACAGACCUGGUGCAGCAGUGGCAGGUGGACACGCGCCAGGCACUGGAGACCAAGGAGCAGCCGCAGGAUGGGAUGGAGGUUCCUGCAUGAUGGCACCAGGCAGGGACCGGGGCAGGGCUCAGCUCCAAGGAGCAGGAUUCAGCCAAGACUUGUCUGUGUCAAUAAAAGCCAGCA